AUGGUACUCGCACAGAAGGACCUCGCCCUCCUGCUUGCCCACGCCAAAACCAAGCGACAACGGCGCUUCGUUUCCGCAGUCAUUGCAGCGCAAGUUGUGGAACGACCACUCAUCCCGGACGUGCGUUUUGACCUCAACGCCAUGUCCGAUGCCAAUGCCCUCCUCGAGUUUCGCUUUGACGUCGCUGGGGUUCAACAGUUGGGUUUCCUCUUGGGCUUGCCGGCCGUGGUGAUCACGACUGCACGGAAUCGAGUGCUGCGCGACGAGGCCAUCUGCAUCCUGCUUUCACGCAUGGCGUUCCCGACUCGUCUGUUCGACAUGGCCAGGACUUUCGGCCGCUCCCGCCCAGUGCUCUGCGAUGUGUUUUUGCAUGUGCUAAACGAAAUAUACGACCGUUGGAACCACCUGUUGUACUUCAACUACAAGCUCCUUCAACGCAACUGUACGCUGGCCAACCAGGAUUGA